UCGGCGGAAAGAUGGCGGCGCCCAUGGACUGUCUUGAGUCCCUGGAGGGUGAAGGCAGCGUGGGGCGUAGGGCGUCCGGGGUGGAGGUGGCGCUUCCCUCGAACCCCGGGGCUCCCGCCCCGCAGUGCCCACACGGUGGGUCGGCGUGUGCGCCCAGCUUUGUCGGCUCUCGCCAAUGGCGAGGCUUGGGCUGGAUGCUCUGCGGGCUUUCCGGAUUUGUCUCUGGAAGAGAAGGCUUUCCCCCCACCCCUGUCCCUCUUCCUUGCCUUGUGUGAUGCUUGAAUAACACCCGUUUUCAGAAAGAGUUUUUUUUAUUAUAUUUAAUAAACCCCUAGAGAGAUCCUGGCUGUUGGAGCUUUGUCUCCAGAGCUGUUAACAUCUCUACUUUGGGAGACGGGUUAGGGAGGGCCCACUCUUCUCUUUGUAAAAGUGAGCCAAGGGAAGGAAGAACCACGCAAAUUUUAUGCCUGCUCAGCCUGUAGAGAUAGAAAAGACUGUAAUUUUUUUCAAUGGGAAGAUGAAAAGUUGUCAGAAGCUAGACUUGCUGCCCGGGAAAUUCAUAAUCAAAGAUGCCAGCCUCCUCUAUCCCGAGCACAAUGCAUAGAAAGGUACCUGAGUUUCAUUCAGUUGCCAUUGACUCAAAGAAAGUUCUGUCGAAGUUGUCAGCAAUUGCUGUUACCUGCAGAUUGGAGGGAGCAUGGCGAGCACCAGCUAUCAGCUGACAUUUCCACCACCCAGAUUGCAAGGCCCAGUCAGCUGCUCUACCCGCUGGAGAACAAGAAGACACACGCCCAGUACCUGUUUGCCGAUAGGAGCUGCCAGUUCCUGGCAGGCCUCCUUGCCACCCUCGGAUUCAGAAGAGUGCUGUGUGUUGGAGCACCAAGGCUACACGAGCAGAUCAGGCUAACAGCACCAGGUGAGAAGCCCGACAUGAGGAGCCUUUUAUUGGAUAUUGACUUUCGAUAUUCACAGUUUUACCUGGAAGAGAGCUUUUGCCGCUAUAACAUGUUCAACCAUCAUUUCUUUGAUGGAAAGGCUGCCCUUGAAGUGUGCAAGGCAUUCUUACAGGAAGAGGAAGGCAAGGGGGUGAUUAUGGUGACAGACCCUCCCUUUGGCGGCUUGGUUGAGCCACUGGCUGUUACAUUCAAGAAGUUAAUUGCUAUGUGGAAAGAAGGUCAAAGCCAAGAUGACAGUCACAAAGAACUGCCCAUUUUCUGGAUUUUCCCAUAUUUUUUUGAGUCACGGAUUUGUCAGUUUUUUCCGAGCUUCUGCAUGCUGGAUUACCAGGUAGAUUAUGAUAAUCAUGCGCUUUACAAACAUGGAAAGACAGGUCGAAAACAGUCUCCUGUCCGGAUUUUCACCAACAUUCCACCCAACAAAAUAAUCCUUCCAUCAGAGGAAGGGUACAGGUUUUGCUCAGUCUGUCAGAGAUACGUCUCUCGCGAGAACCAGCACUGUGUGCAUUGUAAUUCCUGCACAUCCAAGGAUGGCAGGAAAUGGAGCCAUUGCUUUUUCUGCAAAAAGUGUGUGAAGCCUUCCUGGAUCCAUUGUAACACCUGCAAUCGCUGUGCACUCCCAGACCAUUCCUGUUUGGGGCCGAAAGAUGGCUGCUUUAUUUGUGGUUCGUUGGAUCAUAAACGCAGCAAUUGUCCCAGCAUUGGCGCCUCGCAGAGAGCUAACAAAUCGUUUUCACAUCUCCUACCGACAUUUUCAUUGAUAAUGCAGAGUAAAACUCAGAGUAACCUGAGGCCAGGAUAACGUGUUUAGGAAAAACUAGCAGCUGGGCUAGUCCAAGUGAGAGGGCGUCAGACUCUGGAGCUGAAGUUCCAGGCCGUUGUGAGCUUCCACAAAAGUGCUGGGAAGUGAACCUGGGUCCUCUAAACCACUGCGACAUCUCUCCAACCCCUGAAUACACCCUUUAUAAAAAUUAAAAUUGAUAAUAAGGAUCGUCUUGUCUAAUUCCAGUGAUUUACAUUAAAAAACAAAAAUAGAACCUUGGUGCUACACACUGCCUACAGAUUACUAAAUAGCUAAAUUUAGCAUUAUGUAAAAAUUGAGAUUAUGGUAAAAAUUUCCCCUCAUAUUAUUUGUGGUGAAAUGAAUGGAUAAUAUGAGAGGUGUUUGAAGCUUUAUCUGCUGUGAUCCCGUCAUAGUCCUCGUCUGUCUCAUUGUCUGUCUGUCUAAGCCCAGCAGGCCAUCUCCAUUUAGGUCAGCCAUGGAGCCAGGUUUCCACUUACACCAGGUGUUUGCUUUUGCCAUUGUUUUCAUAAAUCUACUUUGUCAUUAGUCCACUGAGUAGUUCAAGGUAGAAGAAUACAUUUUAAAAGUUGGUUAAGUGCAUUUUAUAAUUUCCCCCUUAGAAGGCUUCAAUAAUAAACACAACCCAUCUAGUUCUUGGGAGGCCAUUUACAGUGUCAUUUUGAGUACAGUCAGGAGUCGACAUGCCCAGCCUUUAAGUCUGUGAAUUAAUGUAUAUGGAAAUUGGAUCUUCAUGUUGGUGGGAGUUUUGAUUUUAAGACAGUUUUGCUAUAUGGCUCAGGCUGACCUGGAAAUUGUUUCCCCACAUGCUGGAUGCCCAGCCUGUACUACCAUACUGGGGUGACAUUGACUGUAGGCUCUCUCAUAGGCUCUCUGUAGGCUUGCUGUUGAAAAAGCUGGUCUAGCCUGGUGUUGUGAUGCCUGCCUUCCAUCACAGCACUGAGGAGGCCAGCUGGGGCUACGUCUGGAACCAUUUUUUUUUUAAAGCUAGUCUUUUAUUGGAGUGUUUAGUAACAUUCUGGUUGGGGGGAGGGGGGAGCAGAGACUGUCUUUCAGUACUGGAUUUUGUCAACUUUUACUCAAAGAGCAAAUGCGUUGUGCUACAGUGUGCCUGUGAUCCUGCCUGUGAUCCUCAGGUAAUGUUGCUUCCUCCAGCCAAAGGACUCUUCUUGGCUCAGUUACUCCUCUCCAAAACAAACAAAAAACUCUGCGUAAUGAAAUUGACAAAAACAUUUUAAGACAUUUAUUUUUAUUUUAUAUUAUGAGUGUUUUGCCUGUAUGUGACCAUGUGCCUGCCUGAUGUCUGCAGAGGCCAGAAGAUGCCCUGGGACUUGAGUCACAGGGUUACAGAUGCCACCUGGGUGCUGGGAAUCAAGCCUGGGCCCUCUGCAAGAGCAUCAACUCCUCUUACCUUGAGCCACCUCUGCAGCCUCACAAAACGCUCCUUCAUUAUGAAUGGCAAUACUUUAACGAUGUAUUUGAGCAUACCUGGCAUGCAGGAUCUUUCAGUCCUACACAUUUUACAGCUGUCUUUUGUAGUUUGGUUUUCCAUGGUUCAUUUUCCUUUAGAUGUGAACUGGAAUGGUGCUGGCUCCCUCUUGUGGUGAAAGCUCAUUCUGUCAGUUACAUAAAUUGUAGGUUAGAGGACAAAUACUAGGUCAGUGUAAACUUAAGGCAAACUGAAAUGAGUAAUUUUACUCAGCCAGCGUAUCACAGUUCAUAUUCUUUGCUCGUGAAGGUUUUGUUUAUUUACAUUGCAACUGAGGGCUUUUUAAAUUCUUUCCUUGUGCUUAUUCCCUAGUGAAACCUGGUUUAUUUUUAAUCCUGCUUAUGAAUAGAUGAACCAAAGAGAAAUUUAAAAUUUGAAUAGAAGACACAAGGCUUCAUUGACUUUUCUAUUAGAGAUUAUACUUUACUCCAUUAAAUUUGCUAAGUCCUUACUUAUCAGGAAAAUUUCCUACUGUAAGGAAAUGAGUAAAAGAAGUUUAUGUGACACACAAAGAAACAGUAUAAAGUGGGUUUUAUUUUGAGCUGGUGGGUAUUCUCAGUCCAUAGUAUAACACAUGGAAGAUAUAAAUCUUAGCGUUGUACUGAGUGGCCAAGUCAAGAGGCUGAGAGCUGGUGUCCACGGAUGAUCCUGCAGGAUGGCUGUGCUCCUAGUUGGGUAGUCAUUACCAGGAGAGUCUGAACAAAGAUUGUAGAGCCAGGCUGGCCCUGCCACUCUCUCCUUGGGGGGAUUUUAGGACUUCAGAGCAUUGAGUUUUUUUACUGAAAAAAAAAAUAGGGAGAAAGGAAACAGCUACGUAGCAGAGUUCCCUAGUUCCUAGUUCCUUGAAUUGCAAGACCAUGGCCACUCUUUCUUGUAUUUCAAUAUCCAGUACAACCUAUGCUAAGGGAACAGAAAAUGAGGCCCACAUCUGCUGUUCAUGAAGGCCUUUCUCCAGGUUUUAUCCUGGGAAGACCAAGAAGGGCCUAGCUCACUAUGGCUCACGGGAGUCAUGGCCUCUGCCUCUCAACAACUGAUGCUGGUAGAUGUCAGGGCCAUUGCCAGGUGUGCUCACUGGCACAAUGUAUGUGCCAGCACAGUCCUCCACAGGGCACGUGGCAUGAUUCUGCUGGUGUGAAGAAGUGCGUGAGCAGUCAGGACUCUGCCGUCAUAGGCUGCCGCAUCAUGGUGCAGAGAGCGGCGGGCAGGGGAUCUGUCUGCUGUGGUGGGUUGCACAGGGGCUGCACCAGCCUGUUAGUUAGAAGCUUGUUUUCAAGAAGCUUGGGACACAAAAGCCAGGCAUCCCUUGAGGUGCUAGCUGGCACUUUUACACCUGUGAGAGAAAGGAAGAUUAGCUUUGAGGCUUUAGGAAAUGGGCCCUCUUUAAUGUGGUCAGUUUUUCUUUUCCUUUAGUGCUGUUUCAUUUUUCUGCCCCUGCUGACUGCCGCAUGUAUUAAUCCCUUUCUAAAAAAAAAAUGUAAUUCAGGGAUUUGGAAAUGGAAGUGCUGAGUUGAGCAGUAUAAAUGUAGCAAAGAGACAAGCCCAUUGGUGUGGCUGCUCACUUCUGUGGCGUGUCUGUCCUGAAUAGCUUGUUCUAAAUCUGUAGUGACCAUCUUUUAAAGAAAUGUCUUUGGAAACGUUUUGCGUGAUCAGGCCUCUGUCUGUUUCCUUGUCGUCAUGGUUAGAACCCCGGGGAUUUAUGCUUACCACACAGUAAAUUCUUUCACGUCUUCUAUUUUCCUAUUUGGAUAGCCAGUUAAUUAAACUUCAGCAUAAUUACAUAAUUCACUGUGCUCAUUCCAUAAAAUAAUUUAGCACCUUGCU